CAGCUGCAGUUUCUGUUGAGAAUGUUUGCGUGGGCUUCCCUCGGGCUCUCUCCUCCUCUCUCCUCUCUGUGCAUUCGCUUGCAGAUCAACGGCGUUGUGCAAAUCGACAGAGAAGACAAGAAAUCAUGGUUUCUGAAAAGUUUUACUUGCGCUUGCUCACCUUUGUAACCCUGUUGACAGUACUGGCACUCUCGGAUGUUGCAAGUGAGAACACUCUGGAAAAACUGUUGAUGAAAAAGGUGGACGGUGAUGUAAAGCCAGCUGCAGCUGUGGCUGUGACUCCCUCCAGGGCCAAACAGUUCCUGGCCUCCCUUAAAAGACCUAAAAGGAACCUGUGGGACCGCAGCCGCCCUGAUGUUCAGCAGUGGAUCCAGCAGUUCAUGUACAUGGGCUAUGAUGAGGCAAGACUCGAGACGGAUCUGGCCUACUGGAUGGACUACUACCGAUCCAGUGACCAGGGUCGCCAGCAUCACUAUGAUGAAAACUCUCCCAUGGGGCCUCGCAGCGCCGGCUCUUACAGGCACGGGGCUAAUGUCAAUUAUGACUACUACUAAAACAACGAAGACAAAACCGCUCUGAUUUAGCACACAGUGACGCCAGCUUGCUUCUUCCUUCUGUACUGUG